AUGACUGAAUCGGAGCUGUAUUCGGUGCAUAAAGGUGUGUUUGUGCCCACACAUUUACACCCUGCUGAGAGCCUGAAAUACUACGAGGACUUCAUUUUCCGCCCGGAUGACAUCCUGAUCGUCACUUACCCCAAAUCAGGCACCACAUGGAUGCAGGAGAUCGUCCCCCUGGUAGUGAGCGAGGGCGAUCUGACGCCGGUUCUGACCGUGCCCAACUGGGACCGAGUGCCGUGGCUGGAGGAGCAUCGAGCCAUUCUGCUGAGUUUAGAGCAGAGAGCAUCGCCACGCAUCUUCGCCACUCACUUUCACCACCAGAUGAUGAACCCGUCCUACUUCAAGAUCAAGCCCAGGGUUCUGUAUGUCAUGAGGAACCCCAAAGACGUCUUCAUUUCUUCAUUCCACUAUUAUGGGAUGGCCUCAUUCCUGGUCAACCCGGGAACACAAGACGAGUUCAUGGAGAAGUUCCUGGAUGGAAACAUCAUGUUUGGCUCCUGGUUUGACCAUGUGAAAGGCUGGCUGAAUGCUGCAGAACAGGAGCACAUCCUCUACAUUUCCUACGAGGAGAUGAUCAAUGAUUUGAGAGCAUCUGUGGAGAAAAUCGCCACUUUUCUUGGGAAAUCCUUGAGCUCAGAGGUGGUGGAGAAAAUCGCAGAUCACUGUGUGUUCAAGAACAUGAAGCAGAACAAGAUGUCCAACCUUUCUCUGGUGCCGGAGGAGUUCAUGGACCAGAAGAAGUCAGAGUUCCUGAGGAAAGGAAUUGCUGGCGAUUGGAAGAAUCAUUUCAGCGCGGUCCAGGAGGAGAGAUUUAAUGCUGUAUAUGACGACAAAAUGAAGGAUGUCAAAUUCAAGUUUCCAUGGGACUGA